AUGCGUGUCUGUGAUUGCUCGAACUGCGAGCCUGAUGAGGCGGAAGCCCUCUGGUUGGCUCAACCGGCUAUGACGAACGUGAACUUUGAUUGUGCGCUGGAAAUGGACGAGGUCGCCCUUGAAGAAUUGCUCGCAAGCUUGCCCGACCCUCCUCACUUCCCUUUGGGCGAUUCGCGCCCCAUUCCAUACCUCUGUGGCCCUGAUGAUCCCAUAUUGGACUGUCCGGCUCUCCAAAACCUGGUCUCCCGAUGGAUUCGGGUGUUCAAUGACUUUUGGCACAGCACUUUCCCUGAGCCUUGCCAUUUAGGGCCUGACGACUAUUUCGGCCAAGACUUAGCUUGGGACCUCGCUAAGAAUGUUGAUAUUCUGCAAGAUCCUGAGGAUCUCGGAGUCGUUCUGGCUAGCGAGGCCAUCUCGGGGCAAUUCGCUGUACUUUUCGACGAGUUCUUAGAAUGGAAGAACCUUGAGUCAUCAACUGACAUUAUUGCCCUGGCUGCAAAUCGAAGGGACACCCCUUCGCGCGGGCCGCCCAAACUCGUCCAAUCAGAGGCCCGAGUCUUACAGAAACUACGGGACGCCCAGGCGAAGGCGUUUGAGAGGGCGGCGGUGCUCGAAAAGAAAGAGCGAGAAAAGCAAGAAGCAGCGCGGCAACGGGCCGCCCUGAAGGAAGCACUUUCCAUUGAACGAGCUCAGCAACGGGCCGCCGCGAAAGCCCAAAGAGAAAAUGACACUGCUGCGAAGAAGGAACUGGCACGCCUGGAACGUGAGGCUGUUGCUGCUGCAAAGAGAGAACAUGCACAAUUGGAACGUGAGGCAAACUCGGCGGCUAAGCGAGGUCAAGCACGAUUGACCAAAGAGGCUGCGGCAACUGCACAGAAUGAGGUCGCACAAACCUCCCCAAGGAGUCCGGUGGUACCCCUCCCUGCACCUCGAGACACCACCCCCAAACGCCCACGUGACCACUGCUACGAAAAUACCCCAUCAAACAAACGGGCGACUCAGGUAUUUCCAUGGUGCGAUUUCAUCAAAGCGGUUAAACUGUUUGCCAUUUCGCUCUGA